CUACGUUAGCGUCGCUUCAGACAGGAUUACGACAGCGAUAGAUACAAGAUAGAGAGACUCGAAAAACAUAGAUGACUUGAGCACAUCGACUCUCUGACGGCUACAACUAAAUUUAAGCAGCAUAGUGUUUACUACGACCUCUUCCGUUAGCAACAGUUAUCUGUUUGACAAAGCUUUAAUUGAUAGUGAGAAUUUUUUUCCGAAGCAUAUUCGCACGAAAAUGGCGCGAAACGGGAUGGCGUUCACAGCUCAUUUUCCCGCCAGUCAAGCAUCUCUGCAAAACACUGCACCGCACAAUUCCAAGCAUUUUACAUUUACUUACGACGACUUAUACAACUGUUUAUAUCGCCACAACGAGCUGCAACUCAUCGAUAUUGAAGCAUUCAAAGCACAAAGAAAAUCAAGUCAAACAGAGGCGGAAAAACAAAAGGAAACGUCAAACUGUGAUGCGUGUCGUUCAAAGCAAGACGUAUGCCCAAUGCAUAAAGUUCCAAAUUCUGGGAGGAAACUUCUUAUUCCAGGACAGAAACAACCAGUCAAAUUAAGUUACGCCAUUGCGUCCUUUCCUGAGGAAGUGCAGCUCUGUGUGUCGAGUAUUCCUGGGGCAGGUUGUGGGGUCUGCGCAAAGCAACAUAUUCCUGUAGGCACGUGGAUUGGACCAUAUGAGGGAAAACUCGUCAAAUAUGAUGACGUCAAACCCAACACAGACACCUCUUACAUGUGGGAGAUUUACCAAGAUGGCAAGUUAUCCCAUUACUUGGAUGCUAGCGACGAAAACACCUCGAGUUGGAUGCGAUUUAUCCAUUGCGCGCGAUACAGGGAAGAGCAGAACCUUUUCUCGUUUCAGUACUGCGGAAAUAUCUAUUAUCGGGCUUUUAGAGAGAUAUCCAUAGGGACGGAACUUCUCGUGUGGUACGAUGAAAAAUAUCCCCAGGAUAUGGGAAUACCACUGGAAGUCCAAGAUAUGGCAUUAGUGGACCCCAACGGUACCAGACUGCUUCAAGAGGUAUUAGCAGCACAAGGUCAAGCGCAACCCUCAGAUCGACCGAUCAACACCAGGAAACAUUCUGUGCCUGUAGUUUCAAGUCAGCCAACAGUCGUCUCGAGUACUCCUACGAUGACAUCUUCCCGAAAAUCACCCCUCCCUGUCUCACGUGAUAACAUGAAAGAGAGAACCUCACCUACGUCACCAAAUGACACUCGUAUUUCAUGGCACCACAAGGUUGCAAAUCCUGCUAUUUCUCACCUCAACAUACCCAUAGGGAACAAUUUCGUUCAGGCUGAGCGGUCAAGAAAAGUGGACCCGGUCACUUUAAAAGAAGAAAGGGUUGUUAUUGAGGAUUGCGAUGACGACAGAAGGUUCAGUUUAGCUGAAGGAUCAGAAAUGAGCCUUAUGAAAUGCGGUCAAUGUAGUCAGUCAUUCGCACAGAAGAACAUGCUCCAGGUUCAUGUAUGUCCACGCAUGCCCAGGAGACCUUACACUUGUAACUACUGCUCUGAAUCUUUCUCUUUACCUAACGAACUGCGCACGCACGUCGUCACUCAUGCUAAUGAUAAGCCAUUCAAGUGCGGGUAUUGCUCGCGCACAUUUGCUGGAGCGACAACGCUGAACAACCAUAUUAGGACACACACAGGAGAGCGACCAUUUCUGUGUGAUAAAUGUGGCAAAUCUUUCACGCAGGCAUCCCAACUGAGCAAACAUCAACGAAUUCCUCACGAAUGCAAGUACUAGGUCUGCAAUUUAGUAUUACUGUUAUCAUUAACAUCACAUUUUGACAUAAGAAUUUCAUCGCCUACACGACACAUAUUUUUAUUUAGCCUUUUUGACGACAGGAUUUUGUCCCCACAUUAUGAAAACUUUUAUCAAUAUUUCUUGGAUUCUUUGAAAUAAGAUAAUUUGAUCCUUGGUUACAAUAUAAGUCGUAACUGGUUUAGUGAGUGUGAUAGCUCGCUUGAAAUUUUGGCGCAUUUUGUAGCAAAAUUUAUAUUCAGCAGGUGCUGGCAAGCGCGACUACACAAAGCUUCAACUGUCCGAGAAUGAGACAUAAUUCAAGCCGACGCGACUACUUCACAGACCGAUAGUGGAGUGUUAUGAUUCUGUAUCCGAAAUCUGCUUGUUAUGUUUUUUAUUUGAAAAAAAAAAAAAAAAAAAAUCACCACAAUGGUCAUUUCAUAGUUCAUUUGAUCCGCAACCUAUUUACUAUCAAAUUUCUAUUUUCAUAUCUGACAUGGUUUUCUUUACACCACGAAGAAUUUUUUAUCGCUAAACGAUGAACCGCGUAUCAAGCGAGGAGUAUGAAAAAAAUGUAAACAAAUGUACAUUGAAUUGUGUAAAUAAAUAAAUAAAUAAAUAAAAAGAUCCUA